UUGGUUGUUGUAUUUGUUCCAAUUGAGUGGCGGUGCGAUACAAAUAGUUUUUCGUGGCGUUUAUUUUUAAUAAAAUAAUUAAAUAAAAAUACCGAAUAUAUAUUAUUUUCGAUGGAAGCGCACAAAUAAUAUAAUGUGUAACAGCAAAAGUAAUGAAUAUAUGAGAUUUGAAUCCAAUACUUUCGAAAUGAUUACAAGAGCAUAAGUGUUGGACAGGAAAAAAAAUAUUUACUACGUGGAAUAUUAGAACCAACUAUAUAAACAAAAAAAAAACAACACACAAAAGCAGCACAAAAUAAAAGAAAAUAAUAAAUAAUAAUACAAAAUGAGUAUGGAUGAGAAACUUAAAUAUUCGCUGCUGCGAGGCGAACUUGUGGACAGUCAAAACGCUUGGACACGCCAAGAAAAGCGUGUAUGGUUCCUCACACUCAUCACAGGCACAUUAAUGCUGUACUCAACGCGCACGUCAAUGCCUUUACUAAUACCCGCUGUUGCGGCAGAACAGAAGUGGAGCAAAACUGACUCGGGUACUGUGUUAAGUUCAUUCUUCUGGGGCUACACAUUGACACAGGUGGUGGGCGGUUAUUUUAGUGAUCGUUUUGGUGGACAACGUGUUAUACUUUUCGCUGCCAUUGGCUGGUCAUUGAUUACAUUCUUUAUGCCAAAUAUUAUAUGGAAUGCAACAGCGAUUAAGGCGUAUUCCAUACCGUUUAUUGUCACUAUACGUAUUAUAAAUGGCGCAUUCCAAGGUGUUCACUUUCCAAGCAUGAUUAGUUUGACGAGUCAAAAUCUCUGCUCGAAUGAACGCACAAGUUUCUUUGGUCUACUCACCGCCGGUUCUGCGCUAGGCACUUUGCUCACCGGCAGUCUCGGCUCAUUUGUGCUCGACUACUUCGGUUGGCCAUAUGUAUUUCGCGUAAUCGGCUUUUUGGGCAUUUCUUGGGCAUUAAUGCUGCGCUACUACACGAUGGCUGGUGAACGUGGACGCAUUAUUAAUGUAUCGGUGCCAUCACGUCUAUGUGCCAAUAAACAAAUACCGGACAAUGUGCCGUGGCUGCGCUACUUCCGAAAGCUCUCAUUCUGGGCGUGUGUGCUUACGCAUGCAUGCGAAAUGAAUUGCUUCUUCGUUUUGCUCUCUUGGCUGCCCACAUAUUUCCACGAUGGCUUUCCGCAUGCCAAAGUGUGGGUGGUCAAUAUGAUACCAUGGCUUGCGCUGCCGCCAUGCACUUUAUUCGCACGCUAUUUAACCGGCCGCUUAUUGGCGCGUGAGUGGUCUACAUCGGCGGUGAGAAAGAUCAUACAGAGUUGCUGCUUCGCCUCACAGAAUCUAGCGUUAUUCAUUAUGGCGCGCACAAGUGAUUUUCAUACAGCGCUGAUUUGCAUGACCGUUAUCAUUGGUGGCACUGGCUUCCACAACAAUGCUGUCACUGUGAAUCCACAAGAUUUAGCGCCAUCACAUUCCGGCAGUGUUUUCGGCUUGAUGAAUACUGUUGGCGCGGUGCCGGGAUUUUUAGGUGUCUACCUCGCUGGACAUAUUUUGGAGAUCACACAAAGUUGGCCAAUCGUUUUCAGCACUGCAGCCGCUAUUAAUUUAGUCGGUUGGACAGUGUUCAUGGUAUUCGGCUCAGCUGAGGCUAUUGUGUGA